CGCGGCGUCGAAGGGAUCGGGGCACUCGACGCGACGCGCGAGGGGGGUCGAAACGUCAUGCGCGGCGCGUUCGAGGGCGUGCGGGGAGGGGCGUGGGGCGCGGGAGCGCCGAUGCCGACGGUGCCGAUCGCGCACGCGCGCGCGCCGGCGCACGCGACGCGGUUCGUGGCGGUGAGUGGGUUGGGAUUGGUGGCGGUGUUGUCGACGGCGCGCGCCGCCGAUUCGAUCGUCGUCGUCGCGGAGAUUUUGGACGAUGAAAUGCGCGAGGCGUUGAUCGCGACGCGAAGGGACGCGAUGAAGGCGAUGCGAGAGCGCGAGAUGGCGAUGUGCGCGGCGAUGGAGGCGAGUCGAGUGGCGGCGGGGAUGCUGAUGAUGCGAGGCGCGGGAUCGGCGUCGCCGACGCGAAUCGGCAAACCGACUCGGCGAGGGGCGACGCGGAGAUCUACGUCGAAAAGGUCGUCGCCGAAGAAGAGUCACACGUCGGGUUCCGGACGUACCGUGAUGGGAUGUUCUUCAUCGCCGUCUCCCGGGACAUCGUCACCGGAUACCGCGCCGCCGUCGCCCUCGGCGCUGCCGCAACCUUCGUUCGCCGAUUCGGCGGCGGAGGAGGAGUAUCCCGCGCUGCCGAAGCCUUUGCCGGCGACGCCGUCGAUCGCUUUGGCGCCAUCGCAAAAGCAAGACAAGUUGCCGUUGCCACCGCUAAAGUGGAUCGACAUCGCGACAAAGCCGAAGCACACCGCAAAAGGUAAGGGUAGACGGUUCAUUCGUCGCAGAGUCGAACGCGUCGAAAAGGCGCACUGGGAAUUGACUUUGUUCAUGUCUAAUUCGCACGAAUCGCUCGACGCGCGCUGCGAAGACGCGACGAAGGCGUUGCGAGACAUCAUGCGACAGUAUCAGCGCAAUCGUCUGGAUCACGACGUUGGUUUGGAAACGCACAAAGACGUGCUCCACUCGGUAAUCGAUCAUCCUAAUUCGCCAAUGUACCACUCGUGCGCGUGCGAAGAAGCGCUCAAACUUCACACCGACAUCGACGGCAUUGUGGGCUACGAUUUCUUUGCCGAAACGUGUUCGUGUGAAGAUUGUUUGAAGAUGUACGUGUACUUGUUGUGCGAUCGUCAAUGCGUGUGCCCGAAAUGUUUCAACGAGGCGACGAAAGAAGGACAUGAACGAGCCGAAACGGCUCGACGAUUGUUUGCUUCAAGCGACGACGCCACGAACGUUCCCGAAAAGUGGAGCGACAUCGCCACCCAUUUCGGUCGACUGUCAUCGCAACGAACGCUUCGCCACAUUGAAGAAUUACUGCAACGACUUCGGAAACCGGUUCUCGCCCUUCCGCCGACGCCUCCGUCACGGCGCCGCAGGAAACCGCCGCCAAAGAUUGAAUUGCAUCUCGACGGUGCGACCGCGCCUCUGGGCUCGUUGCCACCUUCUUCGCCGUCCGCCGCGUAA